AUGAUGCAAAAGCUUCUUAAAAUUUGUUCCUUACAUGGACAGAAUAUUCAGAGAAGGAAAAGGUGGACCCCAAAGCUGAACCAAUUUAUGCAUCCUCGCAACCCUUAUCGCACUCCGCCGAGUUUUAAGAAGCUUGCAAUGCAGUGCGCUUGGACUUUAAAGAACUGUGAUGCAUUGCGGGCGCUAACAACAUGUCUUCUAGACCAAGACUUUGGCCUCAAGGUGGAUAUACCUGAUGGUCGUUUGGUACCAACACUUCCUUUACGUCUCAACUACCUUCUAUGGAUAGAGGAUCUGAUGACACUCUCAGCAAGAACAGAUCAGAAAUGUACAAGAAUCGGAGUGGAUAUUGGUACUGGAUCAGCUUGUGUUUACCCAUUGCUUGCUGCUAAACAGUUUGGUUGGAGCAUGUUAUGCACUGAGGCAGAUGAAGUUAGCUAUGAAAGUGCAGUUAAUAAUGUUAAGAAGAAUAGUAUGCAGGAUGAGAUUUUUAUCAAAGAAGGAAUCCUAUAUAUGACUUCCAGAGGAUUAUGGAAUGAUAUUAAACUCAUUAUUGCACUCUUCUGUUUCCUAACAGAUGACAAGAAAGAUCUGGAAAGCAGUAAUUACAUCUUUGACUUCACCAUGUGUAAUCCACCCUUUUUUGGUUCAGAAGAGGAAAUACACACCAUGAACAAGAGCAAGAAAGGCAGAGGAGAACCUGUUAGUGUUCCAACAGGUGCUGUGCAAGAGAUAGUUACUUCUGGAGGAGAAAUAUCAUUUAUUACACAAAUGAUUGAGGAAAGUUCUCAGUUGAAAGAUAAAGUAAGGAUGUUCACAACACUAAUUGGAACCAAAGCAGACAUUAAAAAAAUAAAACAAGUUUUAGCCACUGUUAGUCCUGCACAUUCAUCAGUUACAGAGUUCUGCCAAGGAAGAACCAUGAGAUGGGGACUUGCAUGGACUUUCGACCCAAAGUUGCAACUGAAUCAAGUAAUGAGUAAGAAACAAAUGGCAAAUACCAAGCCAAUGGUAAUGAUAAUGCCUCGCAGCUUAUUGACAGCGUACUCUGUUCCAGCAGCAUGGCGAAUGGUUGCAAAAUGGUUGCAUUAUCUAAAGGUUAAGGUGCGUGUCUUCAAGAAUACAAAGUAUUUUGUAGGUGCUCAUGUUAAAGCAUAUAAACCAACUUGGUUACAUCAGAGAAGGAAGAAACGAGAGCUCGAUCGCAGAAAUAAAGAAAAGACACACAAGACUGAAGAGUCCGAUGACGUGGAAAUAUCUGGUGAGGGAGAGACCUUGUGUACAGAAGAAAGGAAUGAGCAGCAUCAAGACCUCAUAGAAGAUGACACAAUGAAUCAGAAUGAAGAACUUUCAGUUGAACAAGCAACAGAAAGGCAACAAACACACAAACGGAGUAAAGAUGAGUGUGAAGAAAGCCAGGAAGAGAGUACUCAUGAAAGGAAGAAACAAAAAGUUUUCUCAGAACAAUUAAAUAAGUCAACAAAUGGAUCAGAAGAGAAACCCAUACCAUAUCAUAUGCUAUCGCCAAAUGACUCGGGUAUUGGAAACAGCCCAGAUAAAGAAAUAUCUUCUAAUUCAGAGUUCCUGAAGCAGAUUAGUGAAAAACUACACAAGCAAAAGAAACCACAUGUGCAUCAGGCAGGUGGACUGGAGUGCAUUCUUAGGUUUAACAUCCAUUUGAAGCAAGCAGGAGGACUUAUCAGUCUGGAAUUGACAUAUCUUGGUGGCUCAGCUAGUAAAAAUGGUCUUGGGCAGUUGCUUCUGUUUAUGAGAAACCAGCUGACAAAUCCAACUAUUUGAAACCGUAAAAUGUCUGAGCAGUAAUCCAAAGACUACUAUUUUGUUAAGGUUCUAGUUAAUUUGUUAAUAAAAUUGAUUGAAUUUUUCACUUACAUUG